GCGGCGGGAGGCAGCGGCGAGUGUCGAGGGCUGGGGGCGGCCGGCGGGGGCGGGGCGGCCGGCGGAGGCGUUGGCAGCGGGCUGGGACCCACGCGGCGCCGCGGCCCACCUGGCCUGCAGGGCUCCCACCCCCGGCGGCAGCGGCGGCGGCGGCACGAUGCCCUUUGACUUCAGGAGGUUUGACAUCUACAGGAAGGUGCCCAAGGACCUCACACAGCCGACGUACACCGGGGCCAUUAUCUCUAUCUGCUGCUGCCUCUUCAUCCUCUUCCUCUUCCUCUCGGAGCUCACCGGAUUCGUAACGACGGAAAUUGUGAACGAGUUGUACGUCGAUGACCCGGACAAGGACAGCGGGGGCAAAAUUGACGUCAGCCUGAACAUCAGUCUACCCAAUUUGCACUGUGAAUUGGUCGGGCUCGACAUCCAGGAUGAGAUGGGCAGGCACGAAGUGGGGCACAUUGACAACUCGAUGAGGAUCCCGCUGAACAAUGGGGUGGGCUGCCGCUUCGAGGGGCAGUUCAGCAUCAACAAGGUCCCGGGCAACUUCCACGUGUCCACACACAGUGCCACAGCCCAGCCACAGAACCCGGACAUGACCCAUGUCAUCCACAAGCUCUCCUUUGGGGACACGCUGCAGGUGAGACGGGCACAGAUGGGGUGGCUGGAGGUGGGCGUCCAGGGGUGCAUCACCAGAGCCUUCUGUCCUCCCUGGACACAGAGGGAUGCCCUCCAGAGGCGUCAUGCCCUUCGAGCCUCUGCUCCAUCAAACAACCCCUCUGCCUUACUUAUGAGCCUGCGGCUGCCAUGUCAUCAACGUUGCACUCGACUUGGAACCUCGGCUUGAGACCGGGGCCUGGGA